CCUCAUACAAAUGACACCCGCUGCAGAGUCAGGUGGAGCCAGGACGCCCUCGUUUGUAUGAGGAACUGUGAAGGAUUUGGAAAUGGCAAGAAGUCACUUCAAUGGGAUAAACACGAGUAACCGCAAGCAGUCAUGAUUUGUGGCCUCUUUGGCUUUCCACAUGAACCCGAAGGCGUUCUAAAGCACAAACAGACUGAUCAGUCGAAUCGGUGACUAGUGGAAGAUUUUCACUCAGGAAGAAGGGAGUAGCAGUGGAACACCUUCAGGGAAGAACACUCCCAGAGAAAGAGUUUCACUAACUUACCGUUUAACUCGGAGUGAAAAGAAAGGAAGAGCUCGGGUUGUAACACGUUUACAGAUUGAUCGGCGGUGAGGUGACUCCACUCCAGGUGAACGGUGAUGCAGUGUGAUUGACCUGUCUGUGGAUACGGUUUCGUAACUGGGCAGCAUCGGCUGAUUUUACACUGAUGGACGAUGAAAAGUCAGGAGGAAUGCUGAGCAGCUUUUUCAGGCGCUCUCCCAAACUGGCUCAGAACUGCACUCAUGACCAGGGUGCUGGGAGCUCAGACAUCACAGAGAAGAAAGACCGAGCAGAUGAAACCCCUCUCGUCCCUCCAAGACCCAGUGAGGAGGAGCUCAGAAAGACCAUCUCACACCGUCUGAGUGUGAAUCCAACCGACGCGGAUCAUAAUCAGGAUUCUGUUGUGUCUGGCAACAAACAGCAGGUCAAAGGAAGUGAAGAUGAAGGAGGUCAGGAUGACAGUGACAAGCAUGUGAACGAAGCAGCCUCUGCAGUCGAGAGAGAAAAAAUACCGCCAAAGAAAAAGAAUGUAAAGAAAAAGAAGAAUCCCUUCAUGCCUCAUGUGACAGCUAAGAGUAAAAUGGUUCAGAAGAAGAGCGGAGAAGACGGCACUGAUGAUGUAGAGAAGAAUUCGCUCAUGGAGCAGCUGAACGGGUUUCGUCUGGAACGAGUUCACAGCGAAGACGAGGAGGAUCUUGACAGCCUCAUGGAGUGGUGGAGCACGGUCCAACAAUGGGAGCCGAUGUUCAAAGAUGAAGAUAUGACAGAAAAAGAGGAGGCUAAGACAUUUGCAUUAACAGCUGAAAAGGUGCAACGCGGCAUUCGCGUGUUUAACCAGCUGUUUUCAGAGCGAGCAGAAGCUCUUUGGCAGCACAUCAUUGAUCUCAGCCUCAUCGCCGACGGUCUGGACCGCUUCAACAAAAGGGCCAAAGUGGCCCAGAUCACAGGUGGCUCCACCAGCGCUAUUGGGGGUGUGGCCACUAUAACAGGCCUCGCCCUGGCGCCUGUUACAAUGGGAACAUCCCUGAUUGUCACAGCAGUGGGCCUGGGCGUGGCUGCAGCAGGCGGGUUAACAUCGGCGUCGGCCAGUAUCUCCAACACCGUCCAUGGCUCGAUGGACCGCAAGAAAGUGGAGCGUAUCGUGAAGGACUUCCAGAGCAAGAUGGCCGACAUCGACAAAUGCACACGAUUCAUCAAACGGGGCAUCGAGAACCUGCGAGAGUUAAAUGCUCCCAAGGUGAAAAAGCUAAAGGCGUACGAUAGCGAUUUCUCCGGAAUCAACAAUAUCUACGAGGAUGGUGUCAUGGCGGGCAAAGCAGUGCUUAUCAAUGCCAAUGAGAUCACCAGGUUCACACAAGUCGCCAUGGCAACAGGUGGCACAGCAGCCAGAGCAGUUCAGGUUGCAGCCAUGGCGACGGGCGUCCUCACCGGUCUCUUUGUUGCCAUGGAUGUUUACUUCGUGGCAAAGGACUCUCAUGAACUUAGGAAAGGAGCCAAGUCGGAAUUUGCCAGAAAGAUCAGGGAUGUGGCAGAGCAGCUGCAUCAAGGACUGGUGGAGCUCAAUAUGAUCCGAGAGGAGCUGCAGUGUUCCAACACCUCCAUGAUCUCCAUCUCCAGCCCCUCAUCCUCCAUAUCCACCUCAACCGCCCUGUCCUCCUCUUCAUCCACCUCUGGCACCUCCAUCUCUUCCUCUACUUUUCCUUGCGCAUCCUCUUCUCUGUCACAGAACACUGAAGCACAGGCAGAAGCUCAAACUCUGUCCUGACACAGUCCUGUCUUAAACGAAUCGUAUGUCCUCCUCUUCCAUCUCCAAACGUCACUCCUCCAUUUUCUCAAUGUCCUUAUCUGCAAAGAAAGAAUUAACAAUGCCACUGCUAUCUUCUACACCUUCUCCUCAGCAUCCUCCUGAAACUCUUCCCGGUAAAAAAAAAAAGAAAGAAAGAAAACCAAAGCAGUGAAUGUAAUGACCUUAUAAUAAUCACCGUUAGGAUUAUUCGGAUCAAAAUCAGGAAAAAAUGUUGGCAGAAAUAUUUAAAUAAAAAUAAUAACCUGAAUAAAUAUAUACAAGUCUAAAGUCAGAUAUACACUGAUAGAUCUUAUUUCACACGAAGGAACUCAAAACAUUGCCCAUUUUUACCUUGACUGAAAGCAAGAGAUGAGAUUCAGGAAGGGGGCGGGGCUUCACCCCCCCCCCACCCCAAAAUCCCCAAUCUACCUGUAAUGCAGUGCACCUAAAUAUCAACUGUUUACUGUCUAAAACCAGCUUCUCCGAUGGUUUUGUUGAGCUGCUAUGCAAAAAACAGAUACAUUUUGGCAGGUCUGGGAAUAUAAUAUAAAUUGGAAAUAUAAUAUAAAUGCUGAUCAAAUGUAAUAUGAUGUAAGAAUGAUAAUAAUGUUAUAACACACAAGCCUAGUCCUGACUGUUUCACAUUUCAGCAGUAGUACUGAAAACAUUGUAUAUUUGUUUAAAAAAAAAAAAAGCUUUUAGACAUCUCAUGUUUUGUCUUUUAUAUUUGCACAUUGAGCGCUUUGUUGUAGAUAGUCUACGUGUCCCUGUUGUCAUUUCUCAGGGUUUUUACUGUAUUGUCUUAUGAUGAAACUGUCGGAAUUCUGUUCUUUUGUCUUUAAAACUGCACACACAGUGGGGUUUACUACAAACUGUUUUGUUACAAGUGAUAAUUACUGCCAAUAAACUUCACUUGAGUGAAAA